CAGCGCAUGCGCAUUGCCGCGUGACGACUCGACGUCGCAGGUCGUCUGUGGACUUUUGGGAAAAAUCGAAAGGUCGGAUUUCUUUACUUUCGACGCGUUAAAUCGUCUGGAUUAACGCGUAUUGGGAUGGAAUUACGACAGCGCCUGGAGAUAUUAAUAGAAUCGGCGUUUAUGUUUAAGACGCUGUCACGUGACCGGCCCCUGCCUAUCACAGCAAGCGGUGGGCAGCGGAAAGAAUGCGCUUUGUUCUGCGAUUUUUGGAAAGUUUUUCGGAGAUGGAAACUCUGAUUUAUAUGUUAAAUGCGGCUCUUGACGCUGUUUUGAUGGACGCGCGGGUGGGACGGAGUCACGCGGUCCAUCGUCUGGAACGCCGCUCGCGCUGGAUUAUUUCAUCACAUGAUCUCCCCUCCCCCACCGCGACACCGAGGGGAGAAGAAGGCGGACAUGUUUGUGGGAAAUGUGGAAGACAAGAAGAUUAUUUGAAGGUUGCGCCAUUUAUCUGGACUUACUCACGGACUUCAUCUCGUUAUUUUUUUACUAUUCACUGAAUUUUUUGGUUGAUUGAAUCGCACUGGUUCAACAUAUGGGGAGGUUUAUUUUACAGCCUUUUUGAGUGACAUUGUGGUGGUGUGGGGGAAGGGCGCAUGUGUUGGGUAACAGCUGGUCUGAUACGACGCUUCCAAUUUUGUUAGAAUACUUCCUUUGUAUGAUUAUCGGAGGAUGUUAGGACGUCAUCUCGACUAGCUAUUAGAGGUAUUGCGUUUUAAUAGCCUCUGAGAUACUGAGUUUGUGUUUGCUGGUGAGGAGUUGUGGGCUGUAAUAUUGUUGAGCUGAACACGGAACUGUCGUUCAUUUCAUGUUGUGAGUAACUCGCCCAACAAGUCACGUUGUGUAUUGUGUGACUUUAUUUGCCUUUCAACGGACAUUUGAGGGCCUGUCUCAAUGUUCGAUCAUAAGCCCAUUUGGUGAGUGAAUUCGUCGGUAAACGCAACAUUUCGCUUUAUUGUCGCUAUCCUGGUGCUUUUUGUGGAAAGUACGCAGUUUUCUUGCGCAUUCGUCGAGUUAUUCGACGAUUAGACGCAAUUGUCUACUAGUCCAAGAUGGCGACUGGCGCCUCUUGUGGGUCAGAAAUGCGGAUCUUCUGGUGAGGCUCCACGUCCCAGUACGUAGUGCGCGUGACUCCUGUGAACAGCCAAUCAGCUUCAUUGUUUCCAGCCUUGAAGCCCGCGUUGCAAUGCGGUCGACCAAUCCCCACAGCGAGCUGACGUAACCCUCCAGCGAGACAACCGCGGAGUUAGCGGCUGCUGGCCUGCAAAUAUUGUCGGAAACGGCUCGACUGAGGCAUUUGCGAGUCGAAAGUUGCUUCAAAUGAUGUGCGUUUUAGUAGAACGGCGACUUGUGGCGUGUUUUGCUGCGAAGACGUAGCCAGCGGUACAAGGGCGGGUCGCCUUUGACUGACGUUGCGCGCAGCCAAUAGGAGUCGGGCGGGCGUGUACUUGACGGUAUCGUCUGUCCAAUAGCGCCACUCCUCGCUCUAUAUAUAAGCGGGUGUAAGCGCUCUUUCGCCAUUUCUACGACCGAACGCGGGGGAUUUUGCUGCCGAGCCAUACGAGGAGACGGAUCCCGGCUUUAAGUCUAGCGCUAAACACAAUCCGGAUCCAUCGCGAUGGAUAUGGCCGUUAACCCGCUCCUUGACAGCUCCCUUGCUGGAGUUGAGGUUGUGGGAGUCACAGGAAUGGACCAGAUUUCUGGCACAGCAGGGAAGCGCAUCCGGAAGCCUUCGCUGCUCUACGAAGGCUUUGAGAGCCCCGGGAUGCCACUGCACAAUCAGAUGUCCUCUGGACCGCCGCAGCCUCCUGUGAAAGAUCUCAGUCGGCAAGGCAGGAUGACCAACCAGCUUCAGUUCCUGCAGAAGGUCCUGCUCAAGUCUCUGUGGAGGCAUCAUUUUGCCUGGCCGUUCCAUGAACCGGUGGACGCUGUGAAGCUCAACCUACCCGACUAUCACAAAAUCAUCAAGACUCCGAUGGACAUGGGCACCAUAAAGAAGAGGCUGGAGAACAGCUACUAUCGCUGUGCCAGUGAAUGCAUGCAGGACUUCAACACCAUGUUUACCAACUGUUACAUCUACAACAAGCCCACAGAUGACAUCGUGCUGAUGGCUCAGUCUUUGGAGAAGGCCUUUCUCCAGAAAGUGGCUCAGAUGCCCCAGGAAGAGAUGGAGUUGACCUCAGCCCUGCAGCGCAGCAAGCAGGGGAAGCCCAACAAAAAGUCUCGACCCGGCACAUUCUCUGGAGGAGUGACAACAGCUCACCAGGUCCCCGCUGUGUCCCAGUCGGUGUACUCGCCGCCCACACCAGAGACCCCAGACUCCCUGCUCUCAACCCCUCCACAGACCCUGCUGGGCAAGAACAUGUCCCUCCCACUGCCCAUCGACCACAGCACCCCGACCAUCACCAGUCUGCACCCCACACAGCCCACUGCCAAGAAAAAGGGUGUGAAGAGAAAAGCAGACACCACGACGCCGACCACCAUGGCGAUGCCCAUGAUGACCGGCAUGAACAUGGGCGGUCUAAACAUGGGCAUGACCGGCGGACACUCCCCGUUCACGGUCAACUCCCUCGGUGUGGACCCCAACAGCGCCCUCUCCAUGGCUCAGGGCCUGACCCUCAACCAAGCCAUGAGCAUGGGCAUGAACAUGAACAUGAACGUGAACAUGAACAUGAACAUGGCUCACGGCGGGAUGAUGAUGGGCGGCAAAGCCGGUGGCGGCUGCAGGAGAGGCGUGAGCGGACGGCCCAUCAAACCCCCCAAGAAGGACCUUCCGGACUCCAUCCUGCCGACGCCGGUCCGUCGCAGCAAGCUGAGUCCGCAGCUGCGCUAUUGCAGCGGCGUUCUGAAGGAGCUGCUGUCCAAGAAGCACGCGGCGUACGCCUGGCCCUUCUACAAGCCGGUGGACGCCUCGUCUCUGGGUCUCCACGACUACCACGAGAUCAUCAAGCAGCCCAUGGACCUCAGCACCAUCAAGCGGAAGAUGGACAGUCGGGAGUACCAAGAAGCUCAGGAGUUCUCAGCCGAUGUCCGACUGAUGUUCUCCAACUGCUACAAGUACAACCCUCCGGAUCACGAUGUGGUGGCCAUGGCACGAAAACUCCAGGAUGUCUUCGAGUUCUGCUUCGCCAAGAUGCCAGACGAAGCUCCGGCGCCGCAGAGCUCCUCCUCCUCUUCCUCCUCGUCGUCCUCGUCCUCAGAGAGCGAGCUGAGCAGCGAGAGCGAGGACAGCGAGAGCAGCCUGAGCUCCGACUCCGAGGAAGAGCGAGCCAACCGCCUGGCCGAGCUGCAGGAACAGCUCAAGGCCGUGCACGAGCAGCUGACCGCGCUCUCUCAGGGGCCCAUCGUCAAGCCCAAGAGGAAGAAGGAGAAGAAGGACAAGAAGAAGAAGAAGAAGGGGGAGAAGUACCGGAAGGUGGAGGAUGAGAUGGCGCCCAUCCGGUCCGCCAAACCCCCCAAAGCCAGCAAAACGCCCAAAAACAAGAGCAAUAAAGGAGUGGGGGUGCCGGUGAUGCCGGUGAAAAAGGCUCCGAGCAAGAAGAACACCAAAAGCAAGUCCAAGAAGGGAAACAUGAUGUUCAGCAUGCCGCAGGCCCUGCCCGACCCCAUGAUCCCGCACUACGACUCGGACGAGGAGGAGGAGACGGCGCCCAUGUCGUACGACGAGAAGCGCCAGCUCAGCCUGGACAUCAACAAGCUGCCCGGCGAGAAGCUGGGCCGCGUCGUCUACAUCAUCCAGUCGCGGGAGCCGUCGCUCAGGGACACCAACCCCGAGGAGAUCGAGAUCGACUUCGAGACGCUGAAGCCGUCGACGCUGCGCGAGCUGGAGAGAUACGUGAUGACGUGUCUGAGGAAGAAGCCCAGGAAACCCUACGCGGUCAGUAAGAACAGCGCCGGCAAGACUCGAGAAGAGCUGGCUCUGGAGAAGCAGCUGGAGCUGGAGCGACGACUGAUGGACGUCAGCGGGCAGCUCAACUCUGGGAAGAAACCCACCAAAGCCAAACCAGAGAAACCGGCGGCUGAGGCCCACACCCAGCCCUCGCGCCUCAGCGCCAGCAGCUCCUCCUCAGACUCCUCUUCGUCCUCCUCCUCCUCCUCCUCCUCUGACACCAGUGAAUCGGACUCGGGCUGAUGAAGUACAGAACCUCCGGAGGGGCCGAUCUCCUCCCACCAAACGGACUGAACGAGCUGCUAACCACAGACCCGCGGGCGGAUCAGACGACACCGGCGAAGGACGGAGCCGGUCAAUAAGGACCCAGUCUGAGAGGGGCGGGCUUCUCUCGCUGCGAGAGAAGGUCUUCUUUAGAUAACAGAGUGGAUGAGUGGUGGAGGGAUGCGGGUGCUACAGCCAGAAUUGGAAGGUUUUCUGGGCUUAUUUUUGUCCCUUCUCCUCCGAGCUCCUUGUCUUUAGUGUACAGAGAUUCUAUUUUUCUUUUAUAAAGAAGAACCUUAUAGACGAAUUAAGUCCUUCAUUCUGUGAAAGACGGACUUAUCCGGGCUGAGUUUUUUUUUUCUUUUUUGAGUGUCAUUAGGAGGAAACGAAACAAACGUGUGUCGAAUGUUUGCGUGUGAGCGCGUCCUGCCACAGCCUUGUGAAGUUCCUCAUCAUAUAGAGCUGGGCCACCAGGCCCGCCUCCGAAGCACCUUGGUUCUGCAGGAUCCAGAAUACGCGAUCCAGAGUUCCUUCUCAUGUGAAACAACAUGUACAGUUAUAACACACCCACUUGUUUGUUGCUUUUCCUGUGUUGGACGGAUUUGUUUCCUUUUUUUCAUCUCAAUUUCUCUGCAAACACCUUUUUUUUUAUUUUUCUCGUGACCAAUCUGCAAAUAAAUGGUGAGGCUGCAUUUUGACAACUCAACUUGUUCUCGAGUGAUGUCAUUUUGGCUCGUCG